AUGUUUGCGCUAGCACUGCGCACGUUCCAUCUGCAGCCGUUUUUCUCUUUGGUGAAGAGAGGUCUCCCUUUGGAGAUCAUAAUGGACGGUGCCAGCGGGGACGAGUUUACCCCGAGUGUUGCUUUGAGCAGUCCAGGCUCUCCUGGGAAACCGCCUACUCCACCGGCUUUGGAGAGCCCCUCUUUCGAACUACCGGGGGUCGAGCCGCCGGGUGGGGGACCAUCGUCGCCGGUGGCUGUCUACCCGUCGCCAGUGGUGACGGAAGCAGCGGAGAGCCCGUUGCUGGCGGAUUCUGCAGAUGGCCCUUCGCAGGCAGAUGUGGCUGGAAGCCCUGUGGAGGAGAAUACUGCGAGGAGUCCGCCGAAGGCGGAUAUUGCAGAGAGCCCUUUGUUCUCAGAGAGCGAAGGGGAGGAGAGUUGGGGCCACCAAUGGCCGAAUCCCUCGAAGCGCCUGCGCGCUGGGGUUCCUUCAGAGGUCGAGGGGCCUACGCCACCUCGGGUUGGAAUCCCGGCGAACAUCUCGCCGGGUUCGCUGAGCCCUCCGUUUGGUGCGCUUCAGAUGGAUGUGGGAACCCAACUCCUCCUGAGAGCGUUGAGGCUGGAGGCUGGCCGCAGAUGGGAGCAUGCGGAAACACUAGGCCUUGCAAAGGUCUCGGUCGACUCUACCGAGCCUAUUCCGUUGCUCUCGCACUUGGCGGGGAUUCCAGCGAACAUGAACGAUGCCUACGAUGCCCCAUCCCUGGCGUUCUGUGCUCCAGGCCACGCCUUGAGAGCACUUUGCUCUCCGACAGCGACGAUGCUCGGUCCGAUAGGCCUGCCCGACCUAGAGCAUCCAGCUGCUUGGCUACCAGCCACUCCAGUGAUUCCGGUGACAGCGGCCUAUCCAGAGGAACCAUUGAGGGUUUCGAGGCCGAAGAUGGUGGAAUCGGAAGCCCAAUGUAUCAUUGGGCAGCAGGAAUGGGAGGUUUGGUUGGGACGUCGCCUAGAGGGCAAGAGCCUAGCAGAGUACGGGCUGCAUAUGGAGGACGUGGUGUUCGCAGUCAGGGUUACCGAACUUCUGGAGGCUCCACGGGCCGCUCGGGCGGCGUGGAAACGAAGGUUCCAGGAACCCAACCCUGUAUCUAUGUUACACUAUCUCUUCCAUUGUCGAGCUGUAUUGCAAACCUAUCUGGCUACGCCUGCUGGAUACAGGGGACUGGUGGGAGCGCGUUCGAGUCUGCUCGUAAAGGUGCCCCAGUCGGUCACCUCGCUCGAGCUCAAAACGGCUUGGGCAUACCUAGACUCGGGCAUAUACCUCCGUGUUGCCCGGUAUUACAGGCGAAAACGGGAGGAGGAGCGCCUCCACGAGGCCCGGGAAUCCAUGCGAGCGGCAAGGGCCAAAUCGGCAGCGAUGCCUCAGGGCUCAACGAUGGAGGGUGGUGUUGUGGACACCUCCUCUUCGAGAGAAGUUACGGCGCUGAACAGGGCCCAGGGCCAAGAAGAUUUAUCAGACAUCGCGAUAUGGCGAACGUUGGAAGAACUUACAGGCCAGAGGCUGUCCCAAUUGGAUGGCUUUGUUGGGGCCGACGAGGGAAAUCAGCCCGCAGAGGCGGGACAGCCGGCACCGCCGAGCCCGGCUCCGUCCUCGGUGCCACCAGGAGAACUGGUUGCUACUGCAUUCAACCUCCCGAGGGUUUCGGCACCCAUGCUUCCGGAGGGGAUGCAAAGAGAGGACUAUCAAAGGCACGGUGUGAACAUCCCUCCGUCUGUUCCACCACGAUCUCGUCUACCAACGCCUCCGAGAGCUCUGAGUGCUUCUGCCACAGGACAGACUGCCCAGGAACGGGCAUUUGUGCUCAGCCCGCCAUCUUUCAGCCACAGUCAAGUGACUGCGCAGGCGAGGCAGAUCCUAGAAGAGGGCCAACGGCUCUUGGAGUGA